CUCGGAGGUCAAAGUUUAACUUCCGGGUUAGACAGCUAACAUGGCGGAUAAGGAAAAGAAGAAGAAGGAGAGCAUUUUCGAUCUGUCAAAAUACAUUGACAAGCCGAUUCGUGUGAAGUUUCAAGGCGGACGAGAGGCAAGUGGUGUCCUUAAGGGGUUUGAUCCUUUGUUAAACCUGGUGUUGGACGGAACAAUCGAGUACAUGCGUGAUCCAGAUGACCAGUUAAAGCUAACAGAAGAUACGCGGCAGCUUGGACUGGUGGUCUGCAGAGGGACCUCUGUAGUGCUCAUCUGUCCUCAGGAUGGCAUGGAAGCCAUACCAAACCCGUUCAUACAGCAGCAGGAUGGCUAGCAUACUGCUACAGAGUCACACAAUACACACAUUAGUUUUCUUUGUUAUUGUUCAUUAAUUGUUCAAUGUGUCAGUGAUUAUACAUGUAAACAAAGCAAAUAACUUCUGUAAAACUCAUAUGUUGGUUGAUUAUGAAAAGGACACUUCAACACUUGACUUUUCUUUCUGUUUCUGGUGUGUAAAUUCUAAUUUGAGUUAGAGAACACUUGAGUUUGAGAAGUGUUUUACCCACAAAGUAAACUUUUUACUGCUCUUUGUUUUUGAUAAUAAAAUGAAACAUUUGUGGGGU